AUGUCGGCUGUGAAGAAAAGCUCGUCUAAGCGGUUCGAGGAUACGAUGGAUGAUGAUUCCGAUGACAAAGACUCAAAACGAAAAUCAAGAAAUUUAAGUGAAAAAAAACGAAGAGACCAAUUUAAUAUGUUAGUCAACGAAUUAAGUACCAUGGUAUCAGCAGGAGGAAGAAAAAUGGACAAAUCCACAGUACUUAAAUCAACAAUUUCUUUUUUAAAAAAUCACAAUGAAGUAACGGUUAGAUCUCGUUUGAACGAAAUUCAAGAAGACUGGAAACCGACUUUCUUAACUAAUGAAGAAUUUACUCAUUUAGUAUUAGAAGCCGUAGAUGGCUUUAUAAUAAUAUUUUCUACGAGUGGACAAAUCCAUUAUACUUCAGAAAGUGUCGCCUCACUAUUAGGACACUUGCCGAACGAUCUAUUGGACACAUCAAUAUACGAUCUGGUGAGCGAAGAGGAACACCACAUCCUGUUCAAUGUCCUAAAUCCGUCCGAUGUGGAAAAACAAGCGGUUUUUUCUGCCCAUUUGAAAAGAGGCGACCUCCUGCCCAAGGUGGAAUCCGUAUUUGAACCCGUACAUUUUAUAGGAUACUUUCGGUCAGAUGAAGAUUGCGUUCCCACUGAAAAUCGAUACAGCGGAUAUUCAGGAGAGGCCGAUACAAGGCUAGUGUUUAUUGGAACUGGAAGAAUUUUAACCCCGCAACUCAUCAAGGAAAUGCCUCUGGCGGAUUCUCUUAAAAGCGAGUUCGCUUCAAGACACAGUUUGGAGUGGAAAUUCCUUUUUUUAGACCACAGAGCGCCGCCUAUCAUCGGUUACCUACCAUUCGAGUUACUAGGCACCUCCGGAUACGAUUAUUACCACGUGGACGAUUUGGAAAAGGUUGUUUCCGGCCACGAAUCUCUUAUGCAAAAAGGCGAAGGCACCUCCUGCUAUUACCGGUUCUUGACCAAAGGACAGCAAUGGAUAUGGCUGCAAACGAGAUUCUACAUAACCUACCAUCAGUGGAACUCCAAACCGGAGUUUAUCGUCUGCACUCAUCGAGUUGUAAGUUACACAGACGUAACGAAACAAAAUCGAAAACAAGGGGAAACAACUCCAGAAAGUUUCGAACAAAACGAGGAACCAUCGCCAUCAGCAGCAAUAUCUUGGACAAGCGGCGGUACUAACGCCGAAGGCACCAGUACCCCUACUGAGAAAAGUAUCGUACGACAUGGUCCUGGUUCCAGCUGCACCCUAAUGUCAGCGGAUUCGCCCGGUUCCCGGCAAUCGGUGAACAUUCAUCGAUCCUCUACAAAAUCUAGAAGUAAUUACACGCCAGGACCGGUGAUAAGCCAAUCGAGCCCGCCGAUGGCCUCAUCACCGCAGUCUCUACAUCAGAUGGCUCAAACUCAACCGCAGCUACAACAGCAACCUCAACUCCAGACUCAAAUGCAACCCCAACAUCAGCCCCUGUUGCAGCAGCACCCGAUGCAGAUUCAACCCCAACCAGUGCCGCCUGCUGCGUUUAUGGAACCUCAUCAAUACGUAGCCGCCAUUCCCGUGCAAUCUUUGAUUACCAAUUUCCCUCCGGCUGGAGUCAUAUCUCCCAUUCAGCAGGUGGACAACAUGGUGAUAUCACCGGCUCAAACUCAAUUCCAAGCGGAUCUUCAGAGGAAACACGCAGAGCUCCAAGCGAUUAUCGGCCACCAGCAGCAGGAAUUGCGCAGGGUAUCUGAGCAAUUACUUAUGGCUAGAUUAGGGCUUAUUCAAGGUGCCCAGCCAGUACAACCCGCUGCAUAUCAAACGGUUACGAAUCCUGGUACUGUCAGCAGUACUACCACCACUAUGCGCCUUCCUCCUGUGCAAGGACCUGCUUCUGUUAUAGUACCAGUUUCGGUGCCAAUACAUCUUCCUCCUCAGCAUCCACAGACUUUGAUGUAUACUACCCCUGACUCAAACACUGAAUCUAAAUAA